AUGAUUUCAUCAAGAAUAUUCGAAAAAUGGUGGUUGCGGGCGUUCGUUGCUCUCGUAAUAUUCUUCAUCUGGCAAAUUUGUUAUGCAAUUAAUAAGGUUCAAGGACUCGAGGAAGAGAAGACAGUGUUACAGGCAACAAUAGAAGUGCUGAAACGGAAGAGCGAUAUGCUGCGAACUGAAAUCCACGAAAAAGAACGAACGCUAACUCGAUUGGACGGACGGAUAGAGGAAAUUGAUACACAAAUCAGAGAUCACAUAUCCUUACUGCCACGUGUCAAUCGAUCCACUCCAUUCAUCUACUUCGUUACACCCACACAUUUCCGCGCCGCCCAAAAAGCUGACCUCACUCGUCUCUCCUACACUCUCUCGCACGUUCCCAACCUCCAUUGGAUCGUCGUGGAAGAUUCUGAUAGCUUAACGUCGUCUGUAGCAGAGAUUUUGAAGCGCUCGCGUCUACCAUAUACACAUCUAAACGCGCGAACACCAUCAGCUCAAAAAAUGAAGUAUACUGAUCCGAACUGGACUUUGCCACGAGGUGUUGAACAAAGAAAUGCUGCUCUUUUAUGGAUUCAAAAUCAGUUGUCCGGUGUCGGAAGUGGAGUUGUAUAUUUUGGAGACGAUGAUAACACUUAUGACUUGAAAAUUUUUGAAGAGAUGAGGAAGGUGGAUAACGCCGGAGUGUGGCCAGUAGGAAUAGUUGGAGGAAUGUUUGUGGAGACGCCGGUUCUCGCUGAUAACGGAUCUAUAAUCUCGUUCAAUUCGAUAUGGAAACCUGACCGCCCGUUUCCGAUUGAUAUGGCAGCUUUCGCAGUCAACGUCACCUUGAUUCUCUCGCAUCCCAACGCUCUUUUCUCGUUCGACGUGCCACGUGGAUAUCAGGAAUCUACAUUUUUGGAGAACCUAGGAAUCGAUCGGCUCAACAUGGAGCCGUUGGCUGAGAAGUGUACCAAAGUCUAUGUAUGGCAUACAAGGACGGAAAAAUCAAAGUUAUCAAAAGGAAUGGUCGAGAAACUGACGAAAAAGACUGGGUUCAACGAGCUGGAAUCACAUGCGCUCGGUGUUGCAUACUGA